AAUGUGGAAUUCAAGUCAUUGGCAUAACAUAAUGAAGAUUUAUGGCUGCCAGCACAAAAAGAUUAUAAUUUUUUCCUUAUAAAUAACUGACCUUCUUCAGAAAUUGGCUCUGUUAGGGCACAGCAAAUGUAUGACUGAGAUUCUAGAAGUGGAGAGAGUGAGUUUUUGAUUCUAGGACGGACAUUUAGUUUCAGUUUGUGGACGGAGAGGAGAGUUUUCAAGAGAUCUGGGAGAAGAGCAAGUGUGCAAGAGUUUGGAGAACGUCUGAGAGAGAAAUGAAAAGGCGAAAGUGUCAUCUGUCCUCAACUGAGGUCCUGCUCUCCAUCCUCUUCCUUUUGCUGCUGGUUGUGUGCCUGGGUCUUAUUGUCGUCACUUGGCUUGCCUUACACCCUGACACACAAAAUGAGACAGAAGAGAAUCUGAGUGGCAGGCUGGUCAUUUCCCAGGGUCCCAUGUUCACAGAGGAACUUCGCAACAAGUCGUCACUGAAGUUCAAAGCUUUGGCUUUUGAUGUGGAGCGUCUGGUAUCUGAGAUUUAUUCUAGGAGCUCACUAAGUGAAAAAUACAAGGCAUGUACGGUGGUUAGCUUCAGCAGUGGAAGUGUGGUGGUGACCUUUGACCUCCACUUUGCUGUGCCAGUGGGUGCAGAGGCAGCACAACAAGAGUUAGUGGCUGGUGUGCAGGCCGGUGUCGGAACUCAGGGAGCUCUGGUCAUUGAUACUAAGAGCCUAUUGAUCACAGCUGAAGGAAAACUGCCAACAGUCCAACCACCAAUAACGACUCCCCUGUCCACCACAGUGCAGCCCACUGAGCCCACCACAACUACAGGGCAGUGUGCUUCUGGACAGAUGAUAUGUGCUGAUGGCCAAACAUGCAUUCCCAAAGAGAUGUUCUGUGAUGGAGUAUAUGACUGUCCCAAUGGCUCGGACGAAAACGAGGAUCUCUGUGCGACAACCUGUGAUGGAAAAUUCCUGCUGCUUGGCCCGACAGGCUCCUUCCACUCCAAAAACUUCCCACUGCCCUAUGACAGUGAUACAACCUGUCGCUGGGUCAUACGUGUACAAGAUGGACAUGCCAUACAUGUGGGCUUCCAGUCAUUUGAUACCGAACAGGAUAUGGAUAUUCUCAAUGUCUAUGAGGGCACAGGCAAAAGCAAAAACCUGACCACUACCCUGUCAGGUUCCUCCCCGGGAUCUCUGUUGAUUCUGUCCCAUGAGGCCACGGUGGAGUUCCUCUCAGACUACAACAACAACCUAAACGGAUUCAAUGCCACCUAUAGGGAGGAAAGCUUACGUGACCUAACCAAUGCGGAGAAGGUGAAUUGCUCUUUUGAGGACGGCCUGUGUUUCUGGCAGCAGGACCAAAUGGAGGACGGGGAUUGGCUGCGAGUCAAUUUCCCCACAUUCCCCCCUUUGACUGGGCCCAACUUUGACCACACCCUGGGGAACCAAUCAGGGUACUACAUUGUUACCCCUGGAGGACCUGGUAUGUGGACAAAGAGCUUUCGGAUUUACAGUCUCCCUCUAGCUCAUUCGGAAGAGCCAAUGUGUCUGAGCUUCUGGUAUCACAUGUAUGGAGUGGAUGUAUGGUUGUUGAAGGUGUUUGUGGAAAAUCAGACCAUAGUCACGGUGGUCUUCCAGAAAGAGGGGAAUUAUGGGGACCAAUGGAAUUAUGGACAGGUCACUCUGAACGAUACAGCGGACCUAACGGUGGUUUUUGAGGCUCAGAAGAAAGGUGGGAUGAGGAAUGACAUUGCCCUGGAUGACAUUAGCCUAACAAAUGGUCGUUGCGUGGAAGGAGUCUAUCCUGAGCCAACCCCUGUACCCACCCCAACAACUCCUCCACCCAUUCCUCCGGACUGCGGCGGACCAUUUGACCUUUGGGAGCCAAAUUCCACCUUCAGCUCCCCAAAUUACCCAAACUCUUAUGGAUAUGGCUCAUCCUGUGUGUGGACUCUCCACGGAGGGGAAGGCAAAAAUAUCCAGCUGCACUUCUUGGAUUUUGAUGUGGAAGCUACAUUUGACAUGGUUGAGGUUCGAGAUGGACCUGAAGGAAGUUCGAAAUUGCUUGGUGUCUUCACUGGACAUGAUGCAUCAAUUGCAGAUGUGUUCUCCACAACCAAUCAGAUGACUGUUUUGUUCUUCACGGACGGCUCAGGAUAUGGCAGGGGAUUUCAUGCAAAUUUCACCUCUGGCUUUGGGCUUGGUCAGCCUGAGCCCUGUACUGUUGGACUUUAUCAGUGCCGUUCUGGAACUUGUAUUUCCAACACUAGUGUUUGUGACAGUCACCCAGAUUGCUCCGAUGCCUCAGAUGAAGCUGAAUGCGUGAACCUCCAGUCAGGGAAUGGAACAAUCAAUCAGCUGCAGCUCCAGGUUCAGAACUCAUGGUACACUGUGUGUGCUGAUAACUGGACACCACAGCUCUCCAGAUUCCUGUGCAAUUAUCUGGGUUUUCGGGCAGGAAAUGCUUCUAUGGUGCCCCCCUCUGAAAGAAAUGGUUCCUUCAUCACUUUGAUUCCCUUGCCCAAUGGCACUCUGGAUAUCAAACCAAGUGAUGUAUGUGCUGGUGGGAUGGUUGUAUCUCUACGCUGUAACAACAAGCCCUGUGGCAUUCGAAUGGUCCAACAGCCAGGAGAAAGAGGGAUGGAAAGGAGAGAGAGAAGUGAAGCCAAUGAGGAGGAGGAAGAAGAUGAUAGCAGCAGAGUGGUCGGAGGCACUGAUGCAAAGGAAGGGGCAUGGCCAUGGACGGUCUCUCUGCACUGGAAAGGGCGUCAUGUCUGUGGAGCCUCACUGAUUGACAGGGAGUGGCUGAUCUCUGCUGCACACUGUGUCUAUGGGAAGAACAUGCACCUCUCUAACUGGAAGGCCUUGCUGGGCCUGCACCGACAGGGUGGUCCACAGUCCCUGUACACAGAGACCAGACAGGUUGACCGCAUCAUCUUCAACAAUAUCUACAACAGGAGGACCAAGGAUGGUGACAUUGCUAUGAUGCACCUGGAGACACCGGUCAACUUCACAGACUACAUCCAGCCCAUCUGUCUCCCAGACAAUGAUGAACAGUUUGAACCAGGGAGGAAAUGUUUCAUUGCAGGCUGGGGAAGAGUGGCUGAGCAAGGUUCAGUGGCAGGCGUACUGCAGGAAGCAGCCAUACCCCUUUUGAGUCAGGCCGUGUGCAAGAAGCAGCUGCCUGAGUACAACAUCACUGCCAGGAUGGUCUGUGCUGGGUACCCUGAAGGGGGCGUUGACUCCUGUCAGGGAGACUCAGGAGGUCCCCUCAUGUGCUACCAAGAUGGACACUGGAUGCUGGCAGGGGUGACUUCGUUUGGAGUGGGAUGUGGCCGCCCCCAGAGGCCUGGGGUGUAUGCUCUAGUUUCUGAGUUCACCGAUUGGGUUGCAGAGGUCCGACGCUUUUCCUGAAACUGAAACAGACGCACUUCCUGACAGGUGAAUUGGCAAAGACAAUUGGCAAUCAAAUGAAAUAUUUGUAACAUAAACAUAAAUAGUGAUAUUAUGAAAAAUGACAUUUAAUAUGGAUACUAGAGACUGAAUUACGCCACAAAAUUAUUGUGGCCAAUCAUAAUCAACAACUGUUGGCUGAAGUUAAUUCAUACAUUAGCUCAAUCAUUCACUCCACCUUUAAAGACCGCAUCUAAUAUUAUAAAACUAAUUCACAAAAAACUGAUGAACUCUGGCAAUCAUGUAGGCUUCACAAGCAGUGAGGUGAAAAUCCAUGGUAAACACAGACUUGUAAAAGAAGAGGUCAGAAGAUCAAUAUCAAAUAACGGAAUUUUUUCAGCAAAAACUAUAUCUAUAGCAGAAUUAGAUUAACUGAUAUAGUUUAGAAUAUAUAGUUUAUAUUUUAGAAUUAAAAUUAUAUUUCUCUUGCAUUUAUAUGUAAUAUUUGUCACAGUUUUUUUCUUGUCUCUUCAUGUGCAUCACAGGGUCCUUCUUACAUAUUGGUUCAGGUAGUUCAUUAUUAAUAAGUUAUCUUGAAUUUAGUCUUUUUUUAUAUGGAUAUAGCAUGUCUAGACUAGUUAAAUGUAUGUACAUCCUUUUUUUGUCUUAAUGAUCCAGUUUUGCUUGUAAUAAAAGCACAAUCUCAUUAAUUUCUAUAU